AAGAAUUGGAACAAAAAAUUAAGCAACUAACGAAUGAAUUAGAGCAGGCUCAAAAUAAGGAACCGCCCAGAACCAACGAACCGUCCGAUUAUCAGGACAUUAAAACCGAACUCGAACAAUUAAGAAAACAAGUGGUUAAUAGCCAGGAUAAGGAAUUAAUGAAAAAAGUGGCAGAGUUAACCGAUAAGAUUAACCAGAGAGAGAGAGAGAGCAAAAAUACCGCGAGCCAG